CAGCAGCAUCUUUCCUGCCUCGGCCGCACGCUUGGGGGCGCGUCCACAGACGUGAUUGGCUGACGUUCCACCAAUGAGGAGGCGACUGCGUGCCGACGUACGGAUAUAUGCGCUGGAGGCAAAGGAGCAUCUCCAUCACAGAAGUCCUCAGCAGGAGACCAGGAGGCAGGAGACUCUGUUGGAGUUACACCUUUGUCCUUCUUGCUUUUCUUUUUCCUGUGAUUUUGUCCGAAAGUGUUUUCACCAACAUCGUUUCUUUCUCUGAGUGUUUUCGUCACAGACACUCUGGUUUUUGUGGGUUUUUUUCUUUUGGUUUUGUUUUCCUCUCUGAGGCGUUUCUUGGUAGAAAACCACCAAAACGGAGCCGAACGAGGACGACGCACAGCGACCCUCCCUCACUUCUGCCAUCAUGAUGUCCAUGAACAGCAAACAGCCUUUCAGCAUGCACCCGAUGCUGCACGAACCCAAAUACACGCCGCUGCACUCCAGCUCCGAGGCCAUCCGGAGAGCCUGCCUGCCCACACCGUCGCUCCAGGGAAACAUCUUCGCUGGUUUCGAUGAGACGCUCCUCCAGAGAGCGGAGGCUCUGGCCGCCGUCGACAUCGUGGCUCAGAAGAGCCACCCGUUCAAACCGGACGCCACCUACCACACCAUGACCAGCAUGACCAGCAUGACGUGCACGCCCACAUCCUCCUCAGCGCACCUACAUCACCCGUCCGUGCUCACCUCCCACCACCACCCGGGUCACCACCAGCCGGCCCAGGGCCUGGAGGGCGACCUCCUGGACCACCUGACGCCCGGCAUCUCCCUGGGAGGCAUGUCGACCUCCGACGUCUGCUCCACGGCCUCGCACACCGCCCACGCCGCUGCCGCCGCACACAUGUCGGCCAUCAACCACAUGCAGCACCACCAUCACCACCACCACACGCAAUCCAUGAACAUGCACGCGCACGGCCUGGGCUCGCACGGCUCAUUGGGGGGCUCCGGCGGCGCGGACGCGGAGCCCGACCCCCGGGAGUUGGAGUCGUUCGCGGAGAGGUUCAAGCAAAGGCGGAUCAAGCUCGGAGUGACCCAGGCGGACGUGGGGUCCGCCCUGGCUAACUUGAAGAUCCCCGGGGUCGGGUGUCUGAGCCAGAGCACCAUCUGCCGGUUCGAGUCCCUGACGCUGUCGCACAACAACAUGGUGGCGCUGAAGCCCAUCCUGGAGGCCUGGCUGGAGGAGGCGGAGCGGGCGCAGCGGGAGAAGAUGUCCAAGCCGGAGAUCUUCAACGGCGGCGACAAGAAGCGGAAACGCACGUCCAUCGCGGCCCCGGAGAAGCGCUCGCUGGAGGCGUACUUCGCCGUGCAGCCGCGGCCCUCGUCCGAGAAGAUCGCAGCUAUCGCCGAGAAACUGGACCUGAAAAAGAACGUAGUCCGCGUUUGGUUUUGCAAUCAGAGGCAAAAGCAGAAACGGAUGAAGUUUUCUGCGACGCACUAAAGCAAAAACAAAAACAAAUCAAAUGAAAAAAAGCAGCAGGACAAAUCAGA